CGCUAAGUUGACUACUUGUUGAUCGCAUCAUCAUGUGAGAGCAAUACCCGGCGGAAGCCUGAAAUAUUUAAUAUUUUUGUCACAACCGGUAUUUCAAGUCACAGCCUGUCUUAACUAAUCACUCCGAUUGAUCGGAUUCAGAAGGACCAUCGCUACCACUAGCAUGGAUUCACCUUGGGAGGAAGACCCACCAGCAGAUUAUGCUCUUGAAGCAGACUGGUCAAAACUCUGUAAUGAGUUCACAAACUCUGGAUACCGAGAAGGGAUAAUCGUAGGCAAGGAAUCCGCACUUCAAGAGGGUUUCGACGCCGGUUUUGCGCAUGUAGGAGUUCCGAUAGGCCGUGAUUUGGGAUCAAUGCGUGGCGUAAUCUCUGCGAUCACAUCAUUUUUGAGCUCAAAAAACCAAAAAGACUCGACAACUCUAACAACGGCACGCACGAUAUCAUCUUCGCUCGCAGGCGUUCGCUUCUCAGAUAUCGUUCCUGUCGAUCAGGAAGCAGUGCAACACGCCAGAGAGCAUCUUGAUGCAAACGAUGAUCCAAUCGGACAGAGUGAGGAACUUUUGCAGAAGAGAGAGAUGGAGGGGUUAGAAGAUAUGCUACAAAGGCUGACUGCUGGCGCUACAAGUAAACCAUCGCAGGGUAGGCCAACUAAAGAGGACGUGAUUCGUUUGAAGGAGGGUGUUCUAACGCUGAGCGACCAGCUGGGUUUGCAUAUCACACCCUAGUUUAGGGUCAGGGUUACAAUGACACGUACACAUACAAUGUUAACUUAGUAAAUACACUCAAACUUAUCCAACAACAUCACCUUUA